CAUAAACCCACAUCAUGAAAAUUUGAAAGAUCUGUGGCAUCAAAACCUUGUGAUAGUGUUAAUGGCAGAGGAGGAGAGUCCAAGUGUGAUGCCAAAAGUGAUCACUUUCCUCUCCUCCAUGCUGGAAAAGGUAGCUGAAUCAAACGAUCACAACCAGAAGCUUCUUCAGCAGCAGCAGCAGCAGAACAAGAUCUCAGUGUUCCAUGGUUUAACACGACCAAACAUCUCAAUUCAGAACUACCUCGAAAGAAUCUUCAAGUACGCUAAUUGCAGCCCCUCGUGUUUCAUCGUUGCAUAUGUCUACCUCGAUCGUUUCACUCAGAGACAACCCUCUCUCUCCAUCAACUCCUUCAAUGUUCAUAGAUUGUUGAUCACAAGCGUCAUGGUUGCUGCCAAAUUCAUGGAUGACAUGUAUUACAACAAUGCAUACUAUGCAAAAGUCGGAGGAAUAACAAAAACAGAGAUGAAUUUUCUUGAGUUGGAUUUUGUGUUUGGUUUAGGUUUUCACUUGAAUGUGACACCAGGAACCUUCCAAGCCUACUGUGUCCACCUUCAAAGAGAAAUGUUGGUGAUGGAACCUCUGAGUUUUGCAGAUUCGUCCUUAACUUUAGGAAAAUCAUUAAAAACUCACUUCUUGUGCUUCAAUGAAGAUGAAUCUCCUCAUCAAAAGCAACAACAGCUAGCUGUUUGAUUCAUUCCUUGCAUCUAUCACAGUUGUAAAUGUAGUGAAUCUAUCACAGUCUGGCAACUAAACUACUUUUUUUAUUCUAAUUCCUCUUACUUUUUC